CCCAUAAUUGAUUACCACUAACCACUGUGCUAUUGUGGAGUGAAAUACUUUAAUCUCGUGCAGAUAUAUUGCCGACUGCAAGAAAUAUAUUUAGUGGAAUCCAUGAAAAAUUAACGAGCUUUAAAAUUCAGGAUGGUAGAGUCAGACUUUAUUGGAAAAUGGAAAUCAAAUGCAGUAUUUCUGUUGUAACUUUUGUGCAUAAUUAUGGAUAAUCAAAAAUAUACCAUCACCUUCAAAUAUAAGCUGUAAACGAGUUUGUUUUAGAACUUGGAACGCUGGACACAGAAUGGUCACAGGUCAUACUGCUCUGAAAAGCGUUGUGUGAUAGUGGAAACACUAUACAAAAUGCAAAUAUUUUGACAGAUAAUUGGUUAAUAAUUAAUUUAUGGAAUUUGGAGUUUUAAUACUUUUAUUCCAAAACAAAAUACGGUAACAGUACUACCAGAGAUACGCAGCACUCUUUAACUCUGAAAUUUCGAUGGAUCGUGUAAAUGCAGUCACAGAUUUUCUGUAUCUGGGUGGAAUAGCUGGCGUUAAGAAAGAUUUUCUUCUGGAUAAUGGCAUAAACUUAAUUAUUAACGCCACAAUGGAAAUGCCAGAUUACAAUUCUCAUGGGGUUGAAAAUUACAAAGUGAAAGUAGAUGAUGCACCAGGUGCUAGGAUUGAAAAAUACUUUGACAAAGUUUCCGAUCUCAUCGAGGACAAGCGCAAACAUGGUCAAAAGGUUUUUGUGCACUGUGUUGCAGGUGUCAGCAGGUCAUCAUCUCUUGUCAUCGCAUAUUUAAUGAAAUAUCAAAAUCUCAGCCUUACUGAAGCUCACUCACUGGUGAAAUCGAAGAGACGAUUCAUCAGACCAAACAAUGGCUUUUGGACACAACUAAUCGAAUAUGAGAAGAAACUGUUUGGGAAAAAUACUGUAACAAUGGUACCCACACGUUUAGGAUUGAUGCCAAGUAUUUAUGAAGGAGAGGCUCACAAUAUGUGGUGGUAAUCCAACAAAAUAUUAUGUCUCUAAUAUUAUAAGUAGGUUUAUUAGGUUAUGAGACAAUAAAUUACUUGUGUAGUAUAUUACAUAGAAAAUCAAUAAAUAAUUUAUUUAUACUGUAAAUAGUCAUUGUGAGUCAAUGUAAAAGACCUCAGGUCAUCCAUUUAGAGGAAACUAAAAGUAUGUCCAUAUAUUAUUAGUCACAUUUAAGAAAUAGAAAACAUUUUCCGUGUUUCUAUACAGUUAUAGAAACACGCGUGGGAGUUUGGGAGA